CGGGGUUUGCUGCGCUGAGGUGAGCGGGGUCCGGCCGGGCGCCCCCGGCCCCGCGGGGCUCCUUCCCGCCCCCCCCGAGGCCCGCCCGCCGCCGUCCCUCGCCCCGGGCCGAGCCGUGGGCGCGGAGGAGCCGCUGGUCCAUGGCCAGGAGGUGCCCGGUGCGGUCGCCGCGGCCCCCGUCGCCAUGGACCUGCGCACGGCUGUGUACAACGCGGCCCGCGAUGGGAAGCUGAAGCUGCUGCAGAAGCUGCUGGGCAGCCGGAGCCGGGAGGAGCUGGAGGCGCUGACGGCAGGGCCGGGCGGCGGCGAUGGCCCCGGCGGAGGGAGCACCCCGCUGCUGAUCGCCGCCCGGCACGGGCACCUGGAGGUGGUGGAGUAUCUGCUGGAUCACUGCGGAGCCCGCGUGGAGGAGGGCGGAUCCGUCAACUUCGACGGGGAGACCAUCGAGGGGGCCCCGCCGCUGUGGGCAGCGUCUGCCGCCGGGCACCUGGGGGUGGUGCGCAGCCUCCUGGAUCACGGGGCCUCGGUGAACCAGACCACGCUGACCAACUCCACGCCGCUGCGGGCCGCCUGCUUCGAUGGGCACCUGGAGAUCGUGCGUUACUUGGUCGGGGAGCGCGGGGCAGACCUGGAAGUAGCCAACCGGCACGGACACACGUGUUUGAUGAUCUCCUGCUACAAAGGGCACCGGGAGAUUGCACGUUACUUGUUAGAGAAAGGGGCUGAUGUCAACCGCCGGAGUGUGAAGGGGAACACAGCCCUGCAUGACUGCGCUGAGUCCGGCAGCCUGGAGAUCCUGCAGCUCCUGCUCCGCUCCAAAGCCCGCAUGGAGAAGGAUGGCUAUGGCAUGACUCCUCUGCUGGCUGCCAGCGUCACCGGGCACACCAACAUUGUGGAGUACCUCAUCCAAGGGGGGCUGCAGCAGGAGGAGGAGGAGGUUGCAGGGAGCCAAAACGGGACCUGUGCCUCAGGUGGGAGCCAUCAGAGGUGCUGUGGCGCUGGCAAGCAGGCUCCUCAGGGCAGUGAUGAAGAGGCGUGUGAGAGAUGUUGUGCCUCAGCUUCCAGCCAGGAUGAGCAGCAGGUCCCUAACGUGUUCUGCACUCGAGAGGCUGCUGUGGAAGCGCUGGAGUUGCUGGGUGCCACGUUUGUGGAUAAGAAACGAGACCUUUUGGGAGCCCACAAGUACUGGCGAAGGGCGAUGGAGCUUCGGUGCGAGGGGGGACAAUACCUGCCUAAACCUGAGCCCCGGCAGCUGGUGCUGGCCUAUGACUAUUCCCGGGAAGUGAGUUCGCUGGAGGAGCUGGAAGCCUUGAUCACUGAUCCGGAUGAGAUGCGCAUGCAGGCGCUGCUGAUCAGAGAGCGCAUCCUGGGGCCUUCCCACCCGGACACUUCCUAUUACAUCCGUUACCGAGGAGCCGUCUACGCUGACUCCGGCAACUUUGAGCGCUGCAUUAACCUGUGGAAGUACGCCCUGGACAUGCAGCAAGGCAACCUGGAGCCUCUCAGCCCCAUGACUGCCAGCAGCUUCCUUUCCUUUGCUGAGCUUUUCUCUUAUGUGCUUCAGGACCGCUCCAAAGGCACUUUAGCAACUCACCUGGGCUUCUCAGACCUCAUGGGAGUACUGAGCAAAGGGGUCCGGGAGGUGGAGAGAGCUCUUGUGCAUGGCAAGGACCCUGUAGUUGACUCAGCACAGUUCACCAAGACGCUGGCCAUUAUCCUGCACCUGGUCUUCUUGCUGGAGAAGGUGGAGUGCACCCCGGAGCAGGAGCACCAGAAGCGCCAGGCCAUCUACCGCCUGCUCAAGUGCAGCCCCCGGGCCAAGAACGGCUUCACUCCCUUGCAUAUGGCUGUGGACAAAGAUACCACAACAGUGGGACGUUAUCCCGUGGGCAAAUUCCCAUCGCUCCACGUUGUGAACUUGCUGCUGGAGUGUGGGGCUGACCCGGACAGCCGUGACUACGACAACAACACCCCGCUGCACAUUGCCGCCCGCAACAACUGCCCGCUCAUCAUGAGUGCCCUGAUGGAGGCUGGAGCCCAUAUGGAUGCCACCAAUGCCUUCAAGCAGACUGCUUAUGAGCUGCUGGAUGAGAAGCUGCUCACCAAGAGCAUGAUGCAGCCCUUCAAUUACAUCACCCUCCAGUGCCUUGCUGCUCGCGCCCUGGACAAGCACAAGAUUCCCUACAAGGGUUUCAUCCCCGAGGAGCUGGAAGCCUUCAUUGAACUGCAUUAGGGUGGGAGAGCUGAAGCCUCCAGCCUCUCCCGUCGCUUCUUCCACCCCACAGAGGUCGUGCAGCCUGGGAUCUUGGCCCAUCCUUGCCUAGAUGCUGAAGGCUGUUGCUGUGCUGAGAUGGGAUGUGAGCUUCGUCCUCAUCUGUCACCAUGAAGCUGGCGUGUGCAGGACUAGGGGAAGAGGAGGCUCGAGAGCCCAUGGCUGCCCCUCAGUGUUGUCACCUUCAGGUACCAGACAGCUCCAGUGCACUGUAUCCAGAGAAGGCUGCGGCCCCUGCCCUUUCCCAUGCCAACCGUCUUGCCCUGAAAAGGAUGGACCAUGGAGAUCCCCUGGGACCUGCUGCCUCUCCCCUAAGUGCUGGAUUAACUGAGCAUUAAGCUUUGGAGCAGCUACACCUCACACAUGUGAUCUAGUGCUUCCCAUCCCACAUACCGAGCAGAUAGGAAUGCAAGUGAGGAAUAAAGCAUCUUCCAACUAA